AUGCAGCCCGAGGGCGGCUUCCCGAGCAAGUCUCUCGACGCUCAACGCGACAUUUGGCAAACACUACCGCGACCGGAUCACUUUCUGCAAUCCAUGAGUCCACCUCGACAGCCUGCGCAAGUAUCGCAAAUCCAGGAGGCAGCGCGGUUACCUUCAUUGACAGGCAUACACUACCAGCCUCGACAGACAGAGACAUUUCAAUAUGGUUUACAAGAAGCACCGAGAUCCAUUGCUGAGAUGCCACGAUUUUCAGUAACAGAGAGUUAUCCUCACCCGCGACCAAUCUUCGUGCAACAGUCCAACAGCUACUCCUCUGCGGGGCCUUCACCUCAAACAAGCCCUGACCAUCUCACAUCAUUUGGCAAGGCGGCACAGUUGCAGCCGCCUCAAGCUCAGACACAGUCUGGUGCACAAAGUCCAUAUUCACCGCACGGUGUUGAUUCAAGUAUUUCGCCUGCUCUGAGACCCUGGGAUGUGCAACAACGCAGGCCUCUGUCUGAGCCGCCAUUCCGACCAUUCGAGAGUAUGCCGCGGACAGGCUACGAGUCGAGCGCACUGCCCUCGCCUAUCACCUCUGUACGGUCGCUGAAUAGACCAGGCGAGUCCAUGUCGAGGAAUAGUUCCUUCCAAGGAUUCAACGAGACACCUAUUCUGCCACAGACGCAGACUUCUAUGCAACCGCAUCCGAUGCAGCCCUAUCAAAACUCAAGGAAGCGUCGGUCGGAUAGUUCAGAAGAUGAAGGCGAUGAUGGCGGCAGUUUAGUGAAGUGGAAGCAAACGCAUCUGGAUACUUUGGUAAGGAUGAAGAAUGAGGGAAGCAAGUGGUCUGAUAUCGCAAGUACGCUGAACAAUGGCAAGUCCGCGAAUGCGUGUCGCAAGAUGUACGCCAAGGUGAUUAAGGACAGAGAUGUUUGGACGCCAGAGUUGGAUCAAGCACUCAAGACACUGUAUCGGCAGAAGAGGGAGGCUUUUUGGAGCGAUAUUGGUCACGAGCUCAACACGAAUUGGCACGAAGUUGAAGCAAGAGUCAUUGCUCUUGGCCUCGGUGCUGUGCGGCAUCACUAG